GUGGUUGUGGUGGUGUGUUUUUUGGAAUUUAUUUUUGAUGCCAAUCCCACCGAUCCUCUUGUGCAGUAUGCUUGUGGGGUGAAUUAGCCAGAGGCAGCCCGGCUUACAACACAUAUAUAAGGUGGAAAGCAUAGCGUUUUCGUUUCAUUUACGAUCAGUUAUAAUUAUGAAUCGGAUUAGUUUCCAUGAGAAAAGAUUAAUAGUGUUUGCUUGAGAAUAAAACAAAAAAAUAAAAUAAAAUUACGAUAAAUCACACGUGGAUAGUAGUAAAUGAAUAUUGUUUAAUUGUGAAUUUUGCUAGACAGUAUAAAUUUGUAUUCUGAAUGUGAAUAGUAACAAAAUAAUUAGGAAUACAAGUGACAUUUAAAAGAAAAAGUGAUUUGGGAGUUUUAAGAAAACCUAAACAUUUUAUAAAAAAAAUAAACCUUUAAAAUUUACUAUUGUAACCUAUUGAACAAAAUAAAAUUUUAAGUUAUCAACACAAUGGCCUUAAAGAUCAAUCUCAUUUGUGCCGCUUUAAUGCUUACCAUCACAUAUUCUCACUUUGUGAAAGAAACAUCCGCAUUCUGUUCGCUAGAAAAAAUGAAAACAUUCGCUGUGGAAGCUUGCGAACAUCUCUUUGCAAAUGAUGAACCCUUAACAAUACGACAUAAAAGAGAAUUUCAUCAUCGAUCUAAAUCAAAUGAACUUGAAAAUGGAUAUCAUCACAAAAAACAUCACACAUAUGCUGUCCGUCGGAGCUCUUAUCCCCGUGGAGGAUAUCUCAAAGUGGCUCAAUCACAUUUUGAACAUUUGAGCAGGCUGAGCAUUUUUCCAAUGUACAAAUCACAUGUGAAUAAGAAACAUUUUGAUGAAGAUCGACACAAACGUGAUGCUAGUGCUUUAGUUGGCCUACCUUAUUGUUGUUACAAUAAAUGUGAUGAAGAUUUCUUUUGUAGAUAAUUAAUUUAACCAACUUGCAUAAUUAUAUAAUUUAGUCAAACAACAGAAACAAAGAAGAAAGACAAAUAUGUACUUACUUUACCGCGUCCACAGUAUUAAAUUUUAAGAUUUUAAGUUAUUUUUAAAUUAGUAACAAAAAAGAAAACACUAAUUAGAAUAUUUUUUUUUUAGAUAAAUAUUUCCUGUUUCAUCCAUUUAUUUUGUGAUAUCAAAUAUUUAUGAAUUUCAUUAAAAUGUAAGAUCAUAACACAAUUACUAGGUAUAGAUAUAAUAUAAAUCCAUCCAACAGCAAAAGCAACAAAUAAUUUAUUAUGUGUUUCAUUUAACUUAAAUAUUUUUGUAUGAAUAAUUAACAAAGUAAAAAGAA